UUUUUGCCCUAACCGGAAGUUAAAUCGUCACUUCCUCCCUACAGUUUCCAUUUUGAGGUGGAAACUGCGUUUUUGUUGUUUGUCAGUGUUUUUUUACACAAAUUAAACCAUCACCAUGGCUAUGCAAGCAGCAAAACGCGCUAAUUGGGAAUACACCUGAAACCAGAGGAACUGCUUAUGUUGUGUACGAAGACAUCUUCGACGCCAAGAAUGCCUGUGACCACCUGUCAGGCUUCAAUGUGUGCAACCGUUACCUCGUGGUUCUCUACUACAAUGCAAACAGAGCUUUCCAGAAAAUGGACACAAAAAAGAAAGAGGAGCAGCUGAAGCUUUUAAAAGAGAAAUAUGGCAUCAACACGGACCCUCCAAAGUAGAGAAGUCCCCACCUUUCAACUUUUAUCUGUAUGGUGGGAGGAUUAGGGCCAUGAUGAGGAGGAAAACAAAUUGUUAUAUCAGAAUCUCAAAAUUCUUAGAAAAAUGUCAGAAUUCUGACUUUUUCUGUUGUUGUUUUUUUUAAAGUCAGAAUUCUAAUAUUGUGGCACUAAUCUUGCAAAAAUCUGCAUAUUUAAAAAAAUCUGUGUAUUAUUGGUUUGUCYUUAUAGUUUACCCUUAUAAACAAAAUUUUUAUUUUUCUGGUUAGACUUCUGCAGAUAUGCUCUGUGUCAGUUAAAAUCUUCUUUCUGAGGGUUUGAUAUUUUUGUUGUGAUCUGAAGGCACAAACUCCUCAAAAUUAAAAAUUGACACAACUAUAGUUCUUAUAAUGAACAAACUGGAUUUUUAAAUUUAAUUUUUGUUUGCUAGGAGGACAAGAUACAARUGUGCUCUCCUAAUAUAAAGUUUUUGCUUUCUGUAAAAUAAAAGCUCCAUUUUCUAAAAGCUU